GAAGCAAGGAACUAACUUGAACUACAAAAUUGGAGAGCUCCAGCUACUGUGUUGGAUCAGAGACUACGCCUGCGGCUUCCGGGCCAUGAGUAGUUUUAAGGGCCAGGAUGUGGAAAAACAAGGCAUCAAGCUGCCAAAAAAAUGGACUGAUCCCAAUGAAAAAAUCCCCACAGACCGUACGAUGGUUGUCAGGGGAGUUCUGGGAGGAGGAGACGCUUCCGAUCCCACUGGAGGUCCGUUGAGAAAACUGCGUCAGCGCUAUGUGGAAAAGGACGGCAAGUGCAACGUCCACCAUGGAAACGUGCGUGAAACCUACCGUUACCUGACAGACAUCUUCACCACACUCGUAGACUUGAAGUGGCGCUUCAAUCUGCUGGUCUUCACGCUGGUCUACACCACCACCUGGGUGUUUUUUGGCUUCAUCUGGUGGCUCAUCGCCUACACCCGUGGAGACCUGGACCACACUGAUGACAACGAGUGGACGCCGUGUGUGAAUAACCUCAAUGGCUUCGUCUCGGCGUUCCUUUUUUCCAUCGAGACUGAGACCACCAUUGGUUAUGGGUACCGCGUCAUAACGGACAAAUGCCCCGAGGGCAUCAUCUUGCUUCUGGUGCAGGCCAUCUUGGGCUCCAUCGUCAAUGCCUUCAUGGUGGGAUGCAUGUUUGUGAAAAUCUCACAGCCAAAGAAACGUGCUGAAACACUCAUGUUUUCCAACACAGCUGUGAUAUCCAUGCGGGACAGCAAGUUGUGUUUGAUGUUUCGCGUCGGGGACUUGCGUAACUCACACAUAGUGGAGGCCUCCAUCAGGGCCAAGCUCAUCCGCUCUAAGCAGACCAAGGAAGGAGAGUUCAUCCCCCUAAACCAGACGGACAUCAACGUGGGCUUUGACACGGGGAACGAUCGGCUGUUCCUGGUGUCACCGCUGAUCAUUUGCCAUGAGAUCAACAAGAACAGCCCCUUCUGGGACAUCUCUCAGGAGCAACUGGCACGAGAAGAGUUUGAAAUAGUGGUCAUUCUGGAAGGAAUGGUGGAGGCCACAGGAAUGACAUGUCAAGCCCGAAGCUCGUACCUGAAUUCAGAGGUGCUUUGGGGAGAACGUUUCACCCCUGUGCUCUCGCUGGAGGAGGGAUUUUACGAGGUGGAUUAUGACACGUUCCACCACACCUACCCUGCACCAACCCUUUCCUGCUCCGCUCGCGAGCUAGCAGAACUGGCAAAGAAAGGGGAAGCUAUACCUUUGCCCCCUAUUUCACCUCCAGCAACCCUGGGAGAGCCCCCAAGCCCAUGA